AUGGAGACAAGAGCAUCUUUCAUUGCCACCAUGCGAGAGACCCAACACCUCUCCCCGGAGAAGGGUCAGAGCCCUGCGAAUGGCAACAGGGAGCAGUUUGAUUCAGAUGAGGGCUCCAGCAUUGAGGAUGCUGACUUCAACUGGGAUGAGUUCCUGGAGGAAACAGGAGCCAGUGCUGCUCCCCACACCUCCUUCAAACACGUUGAAAUAAGCCUUCAAAGCAGUUUCCAACCAGGGAUGAAAUUAGAAGUGGCCAACAAGAGCAGUCCAGACACAUACUGGGUGGCUACAAUCAUUACAACAUGUGGACAGCUCUUACUGCUUCGUUACUGUGGCUAUGGAGAUGACCGCAGGGCAGACUUCUGGUGUGACGUGAUGACAGCAGAUCUGCACCCAGUUGGCUGGUGUACACAGAACAACAAGGUCUUGAUGCCUCCAGAUGCAAUCAAAGAGAAAUACAUGGACUGGACGGAGUUUCUCAUCCACGAUCUGACUGGUGCCCGCACUGCUCCUGCGAAUUUGCUGGAAGGUCCUCUGCGAGGAAAAAACCCUGUAGACCUCAUUACAGUUGAUUCCUUAAUAGAGCUGCAGGAUUCCCAGAAUCCCUUUCAGUACUGGAUAGUUAGUGUGGUUGAAAAUGUUGGAGGAAGAUUACGCCUUCGCUAUGUGGGAUUGGAGGAGACUGAAUCCUAUGACCAGUGGUUGUUUUACUUGGAUUGCAGACUUCGACCAGUCGGUUGGUGUCAAGAGAAUAAAUACAGAAUGGACCCACCUGCAGAUAUCUAUUCUCUGAAGACUAUAUCUGAGUGGAAAUGCGCUCUGGAAAAAUCCCUUACUGAUGCAGCAAAUUUUCCUCUUCCAAUGGAAGUGUUCAAGGACCAUGCUGAUUUGAGAAACCACUUCUUCACUGUGGGGAUGAAGCUGGAGGCAGUGAAUAUGAGAGAGCCAUUUCAUAUCUGUCCUGCAUCAGUGACCAAGGUUUUUAACAAUCAUUAUCUACAAGUGACCAUUGAUGACUUGAGACCUGAACCCAGCAAAAUCUCAAUGCUUUGCCAUGCAGAUUCCUUAGGGAUCUUACCAAUACAGUGGUGCCUUAAAAACGGAGUCAAUCUCACACCUCCCAAGGGUUACUCUGGCCAGGACUUUGACUGGGCAGACUACCAGAAGCAGUGUGGAGCGGAGGCAGCGCCUCACCUGUGCUUUAGAAAUACAUCCUUCAGCCGUGGCUUUACUAAGAACAUGAAGCUGGAGGCAGUGAACCCCAGGAACCCUGCAGAGAUAUGUGUUGCCUCUGUCACCUCAGUGAAAGGACGGUUAAUGUGGCUUCACCUGGAAGGUUUACAGGUGCCAUCUCCAGAGUACAUAGUUGAUGUGGAGUCUAUGGACAUUUUCCCCGUGGGCUGGUGUGAGGCAAAUGCUUAUAACCUAACUCCACCACACAAAGCUGUUUUGCGAAGGAAGAGAAGAAUUGCAGUUGUGCAGCCAGAAAAGCAGUUGCCAUCCACAGUGCCUGUUGAGAAAAUACCUCAUGACCUCUGCCCAGUUCCUCAGCCAGACACAACAGGCACCAUCAAUGGGAGAUACUGCUGCCCUCAGCUCUACAUCAACCACCGCUGCUUCUCAGGUCCAUAUUUAAACAAAGGCAGAAUUGCAGAGCUACCUCAGUCUGUGGGGCCUGGCAAGUGUGUGCUGGUCCUCAAAGAGGUUCUCAGCAUGGUGAUCAAUGCAGCUUACAAGCCAGGGAGUGUUUUACGAGAACUGCAGCUAGUGGAAGAUCCUCAGUGGAAUUUCCAAGAGGAAACACUUAAAGCAAAAUACAGAGGGAAGACAUACAGGGCAACGGUGAAGAUUGUGCGGACGUCGGACCAGGUGGCAGAUUUCUGCAGAAGAGUCUGUGCAAAGCUGGAGUGUUGCCCCAACUUGUUCAGUCCUGUGCUGGUGGCUGAAGUCUGCCCUGAGAACUGCUCCAUUCAUACUAAAACCAAGUACACUUAUUAUUAUGGGAAGAGGAAAAAAAUCAUUAAGCCACCAAUUGGGGAAAAUAACAACAUGAAAAGUGGACAUGUCAAGCCAGCCAGACGCAGGAAAAGGCGGAAAUCCAUCUUUGUGCAGAAGAAAAGGAGGUCAUCAGCUGUCGAUCUGAAUGCUGCAGGCUCUGCAGAGGAGAGCGAAGAUGAUGAGCCAGAUGCGAUGGAGGAUGAGACGGGAAGUGAGGAAACCAGCUCGGAGCUCCGAGAUGACCAGACAGAUACCUCCUCUGCUGAGGUCCCCUCCACCAGGCCCCGGAGAGCUGUCACCCUGAGGAGCAGCACUGAGUUGGACAGACCUCCCCCCACGGAGAGAGCCCGGCGGAGCCGGAGACCUCAGCCCCACUCCUACAGCGAGACGGAGAAGUGCACACAAGUCAAGGAAGAAAUUAAGCAAGAAGAGGAAGAGAAGCUCAUCCUGGACAGUAAUCCGUUGGAGUGGACUGUGACUGAUGUUGUGAGGUUUAUUAAACUGACUGACUGUGCACCCCUGGCCAAAAUAUUUCAGGAACAGGACAUCGAUGGCCAAGCCCUUUUGUUGCUGACACUGCCCACGGUGCAAGAGUGCAUGGAGCUGAAACUCGGCCCAGCCAUCAAACUGUGCCACCAGAUCGAGCGAGUAAAAGUUGCUUUCUAUGCACAAUAUGCCAACUGA